UAAAAAUAAAAACAGAAGUGCACCAUCUGUCGGGUGGACUUCAAUUUUGGAGAGAAAAUUUGUCAAACGAUUGAGAUGUGAUCAACAAUAAACAUUAAAGCUCCUCAAAUUCAAAAUUUUAGUGUAAUCUGACGCUAUGUACACAAUGUCACUCCAGAAGCCCCGGCCGCUGGAUACUCUGAAUCAGGUGAUGACAGCGUUCAAACAGUUCGAGAAGAAGCUGGAUAAGCUGCAAGAUGACGUGAACUACCAUGGACAGACGCUGACCGACCUCCGCAUAAUGGUCGCCAACUUAACGGCCCCAGCUGAUGUCAGAAUGACCCAAGAUGGCAAAACCGAAAUCCCGAAACGCCCUUCGAGGAAGACCACAGCCAUACAGUACGAGUUUGAUGAGCCUUUGAAGGUUAAAAGGAAGACUGCCAUCCAGCCUCUUCCCAGCAAAAUCAAGGCUAAAAGUUUUCAAGGCCCGAAGUAUGGUUUGAGGAUGUCUGGGAUAGAUGCGCCGUUCAUGAACAAGAUGCCUUCUUCUCCUAAAACUACGAAACAUUCUGUGAGGCUGUCUAAAGCUGAUGCUCCUCGUAAGGCUACGACGCUAAGGUCACAAAAAGCCAAGGUAGAAAAAAGGCGCAGCAAACCUAAGAAGUAAUUGGAUUGCACCUAAAAUUACAGAGGCUACUUAAGCUCAUCUUAAAUUUACGCAUUCUGAUUCAU